AUGUAUCUACAACUAAUGGAACAAAACAAUGAAACCUCUGGGGGAGAUUUUAUUUUGCUUGGAUUCUCAGACCAGCCUCAAUUGGAGGUCCUCCUUUUCGUGGUGGUGUUGAUAUCCUAUCUUUUGACCCUCCUGGGCAACACAGCCAUCAUCCUGGUCUCCUGCCUGGACUGCAGACUUCACACACCUAUGUAUUUCUUCCUCACAAAUCUCUCCUCUCUUGACCUUUGCUUCACCACCAGCAUCGUCCCCCAGCUCCUCUGGAACCUGAAGGGACCAGCCAAGACCAUCACGCCAGUGGGCUGUGCCAUACAACUCUAUGUGUCCCUCUCCCUGGGCUCCACUGAGUGUGUUCUCCUUACCAUCAUGGCAUUUGACCGCUAUGUGGCAGUCUGCAGACCUCUUAAUUACACUAGCAUCAUGCACCCAUCAUUUUGCAAGGCCUUAGCAGGAGUAGCAUGGCUCAGUGGAGUAGGAAACACUCUCAUCCAAGGAACCAUCACCCUUCGGCUUCCUCGAUGUGGACAUCGCCACCUGCACCACUUCUUCUGUGAAGUGCCCGCCAUGGUCAAGUUGGCCUGCGUGGACAUCCAAGCAAAUGAAGUCCAGCUUUUUGUGGCCACGUUAGUCCUCCUUCUUCUUCCUGUGGCAUUGAUAUUGGUCUCCUACGGAUUCAUUGUCCAAGCCGUGAUGAAAAUUAAGUCCGUCCAAGCUUGGCGCAAGGCUCUCGGGACCUGUGGUUCCCAUCUACUGGUGGUGUUCCUCUUCUUUGGGCCCAGCUCGGCCAUAUACAUUCAACCAAAGAGAUCCUACGGCCGAAGUCAGGGCAAGUUCCUUACACUCUUUUAUACUGUUGUCACCCCCACACUCAACCCCCUGAUAUAUACUCUGCGGAACAAGGAUGUGAAGGGAGCCCUGAGAAGACUGCUGAGAAGAGGACAAAGUUCCUAA